AUGUCGGGAGCGGCGGGGCCGGGUCCGCCCGCCGGGCCGGGCCGCUCCCCGCUGCCCUGCACCCCCCGCCCCGCCGCCCCCCUCCAGCUGGCCGGGGGGGCCGAGCCCGCACGGCCCGGCGUCGCCGUCAUCGACCUCCGCUUCCCCCGCGGCGCUGCCGCCGACGUGCAGGAGAUCGUGUUCAGGAACUUCUACACGGCGUUCCUGAGCGUGCGGGUACAGCGGCCCGGCCCCGGCGGGUCCCGGCGCUGGGUGACCUGCUUGCGGGACCUGUGCCUGAUGCCUUGCCCACACACCGAGGAGGGCUCCCAGGAUUACUUCUGCCUCCGCCGGCACCAGAUGCUGUGUGAUGUGGACCAGGUGACAGCAAUACGAUUCAUCCUGCGACAGCCCUCCCCAGUCUGGCUCCACUUCACCAUCGAGGACCUGCAGAUUUUCCCCCCUGGACAGAAGAGUCCACAGAAGGAUUUUCCCUCCUGGCUCUCCCAGCUGACCCCUCCGGAGCAGCCACCCAGUCUGCAUGGGGAGCUCCCUGAUCCGGAGAAGGUGUCGACAGAGGUCCAGCAAAUGUGGGUGCUGACAGAGGUGAUCCGGGCUCGCCAGGCAGCUGCCCGCAUCGGGCGCUUUGACGUGGAUGGCUGCUACGAUGUCAACCUGCUUUCCUACACCUGAACCCACUGGUGCUGGUGCCAGCGGGGGAAAAGUGCCCCUUCCAUGCUCCCGGGGCUUGAGUGGACUCCUGCAUUCCUGACUCGGCCACUGACCCCGCGGGGUCCUAAGCCCUCCCUGUGCCCCUUCCCUGACUCCCUUUGCGCUGCCACUCGAGACCCCCGUGAGCCUCUCCUGGGCACGUCCCGUGGGCAG